UUCCGCUCGGCGUCAGUGCGCUCGCCCCCGCUUCGCUUCGUCCGCGACCACGUGCUUUUUUUCGCCGCUCCAAUCAUCGUUGAUCUCGACGAGUCAUCGGUGACCAAUCGGUUGAUAACAAAACUCGCGCCUCGCUUCCACGUGAUUAGACCGCACCAGGGCAAACAUUUUUAUACAAAUUUUCUCACACGCAUACUCUACGUUCAUUUUAUCGUGGAUUCGAUCGAGUCAUCGGUAAUAAAUUGUUAUUUCGUAGUAGAUUAUAAAAAUUGCACGUCUAUUCAUAUGGCAAAACAGGGUUACAACAUGAAUCCAUAGUUCUCUCUCCGUCCUGUUUUGUCACUGGUGUUGUAACUUCAUUGAUUUGACUGAACCAUCGAUGAUGUCUCGUCUUUGAAAGCGAAAGUCGUGCUUCUUUUGCACGUUGUGAAAAAUACAUAAAAAAUAAUUCGGGUAUUUUUAUCCCGUUGAAUAUAAUGUCCACAGCUCGACGCUAAAACUUGUUUUUUUACGUGUAAAAGGAAGAGCAAUGCUUACUGGUGACGGUGAUUUUUUGGCUGUCGAAAACGAGGAAUGGAGAUCAAUAAGAGUGAAUAUUGGGUAAUGUUCUAAACCCUUUCAUUUAAGAACUGUAAGGAAAUAGGUUACUUCAGAAAGUGACACAAUGAUUCGCUGUACUAUUCACGAGUUCAAGGUGCCAGGCUUCCACUAGCUUCCGUUCGCAGCACACUCUUUAUAAUCAGUCUCAGGCGCGAAAUUCCGUUUCCGUCCCGGACGGUUUCGUGAUUGUAUCAACGAAUAAGUGCCGUGCAUUCUGAUAGCUUGCAGUUCAUCGGAGCAGAUUAGAAAGUGACGCUGUCGAGGGAUGAGGACGGUUCGUUGAGGCAGACUUAGAUGCUGAUGGAUUCGAUCUGAAAGCUGUUGAAUAUUUAAUCCGUCGCUGGAUUUCACUCUUGAGUGGCCUCGUGGUUUUUUUUGGCGGGAAAAACGGAACUGCACUCUCGAGAAAAUGAAGCAUGGAAAAGGAUUUCACCACACCGCAAGAGCUUUCACGCAGUAGCUACUUACACUCGCUCUAGCGCUCAUUUCUACCUUCGAGAUAUUCUAGUCAGGUGUCUGAAUGGAAGUGCUAAAAUACUGCUCCCUGGUGCUAAUUUACUUCACUCAGAAUUCUUUGUGCCUGCUUCCCCACUCCAGAGGACCUUCUUUCACGGAAGAACCACCAUCUUGGUUGGACUACUCAAAUACUUUUGGUGCCAUUAUCAGUUGCACUGCUCAGGGCAACCCCCUUCCUGACAUUCGAUGGCUAGACUCUCUCAACAAACCUAUCGUUUACAUUCCUGGUCUCAGGGAGCUGCUGAGCAACGGGAGUUUAUACUUGCCGGCGUUCAGAUCCCAAGAUUUCAACACGGAGAUCCACUCGGCGAGCUACAAAUGCAUGGCGACCAAUGCCGUCGGAAGCGUUUUGUCAAGGGAAUGCAAACUCCGGCCAGACAUCGCGAAGCCGUACCAGGUGCAAGUGCAUGACGUCUUGGUGACGCGGGGGAACGUGGCGGUGCUGCGGUGCCUGACGCCCGGGAUCGGCGGGAACCUGCUGCAGAUCAACUGGUACAAAGACCUCUCGGCGGCCGGGGCCGGGGAGUCGAUGAUCAUCCACCCGGGGAGCCGCUACACCAUCACCGAGUCCGGUGCCCUCCACAUCCGCGACACCGUCGAGGAAGACUCCUACUCCAAGUUCUACUGCCGCGCCGUCCACAGACUCACCGGCGAGCAGAGCAUCAGCUCCCCCGGACGCAUCAUUUUCUCAGAAACGACGGCAGCGGAGCCGCCACGGAUCGAAUAUUCGACGACAAACGUGCAAGCACGCUCGGGCUCAUCUGCGGAUCUCGUCUGCGUUGCCCAGGCCUUCCCCGCGCCGACAUACCGGUGGUUUAAGCUCGUGGGUGACACUCCGCAAGAAAUUAGAAGUGGCUCUGUUUUGGCGUCGGUUCUCUCGUUCACCCGUGUACAGACGAGCGAUUCUGGUCGGUACGUUUGCGUGGCCAGUAACGUCAUCGGAGAGGAUCGCAGAGAACUCCAACUCCUUGUCCUCGUUCCGCUUUACACUUACAUUCGACCGCAGUAUCAGGCUGUGGACGCUGGAUCAGGUGCGAGUUUCAACUGCUCGGUGGAGGGUGGGUUUCCGGGGAGCCCACGGAAGAUCGACUGGCUGAGGGAUGCGCGUCCUCUCAUCGGAGGACAAACCUCGAAAAUCCACGGAGGAGAGGUCCUCGUCCUUAAAUCCGUCAGCAAAGGAGACCAAGGAAUGUACCAAUGCCUCGCCUGGAGCGCAGAUGAAAAUGCCCUUGCAACAGCUGAACUCUCUCUUCGAGCAACGUUGCCGGAACUGCACGAGACAUUCAUCGAACAGAUAAUUCAGCCGGGGCAAUUCAUCUCUCUCCAUUGUUCCGCGUCGAGCAAUCCAUCUCCAAGAUUUUUCUGGCUGCUCAAUGGCGCGAUUUUACAGCCCAGAGAUGGAUACAUCAUCGGAAGUUACCUCCAAUCAAACGGGGACGUUAUCAGUCAUCUAAACAUCACAAGUGCUCGAGUUCAUCAUGGUGGAAUGUACACGUGUCUUGUGAAGAACAUGCUUGGAUCUGCGCAACAUUCUGCAGCUCUUCACGUAUAUGGCCCACCAACUCCGCGAGCCCCACAAAACGUGACGGCCGUGUACGGAAUGGACGUCUAUCUGCAGUGUCCGGUGGCGGGGUUUCCGGUGUCCUCGACCGUGUGGCAGAAAAAUGGGGCCACCCUCCCGAUUCACUUCCGCCAGAAUAUUUUCAGCAACGGGACGCUCCUCAUUAAAAGCGUCCAGGGGGACGCCAACGACCGAGGCGAGUUCACCUGCACCGUCGCAAACCUCCAAGGCCAAGUCGCCACCAGCAAAGUCUACCUCCAAGUCAUGAAGCCGCCGGAAAUCGCGCCGUUCCAGUUUCCGGCGAACCUGCGGGAGGGAAACCGGGCGCACGUCUCGUGCAGCAUCACGUCGGGGGACUUGCCGAUCACGGUGACUUGGCGGAAGGACGGCUUGCCCCUGCCGCAGGACAACGAGGUCCAGGAGCACAUGCAGGAGUUCGCCAGCACCCUCUCCUUCUCGCACCUCCGGGCCCGGCACACCGGCCUCUACACCUGCAUCAUCAGCAACGCCGCCGCCUCCACCAACUUCACCGCCGACCUCGUCAUUCAAGUGGCUCCCUCAUGGACUGUCGAACCUGAAGACACCACUGUGAUUCAUGAGCAAUCUGCAUACAUCCAUUGUCAAGCUAGUGGCUAUCCUACUCCCUCCCUGAAAUGGAUGAAAGCGAGAGCCGAUCAAAUGAGUCAUUUCACACCUUUGGAGUCGGACUCAGAUUUGUACAUCGCUGGAAAUGGAUCCAUCUUGAUAAAAAGUGUUCAUCCGAUUCACGAGGGGCACUACUCGUGUGAAGCUAGUAACGGCAUUGGAACAUCAAUAACCAAAACAGUCUUCCUGAAAGUGAACGUUCCAGCGUUUUUCCGGGAGAAAUCGCGGAACGAAAGCGAGGCGAUCGGGCAGGCGGCGAACUUGGUCUGCAAGGCCGACGGAGACGAGCCGAUCCACAUCACAUGGGUGCCUCCCCCGAAGUCUGAUCUACAACCCCUCCUCCAUCGUUCCUCCCCCUCCGAGUACCACAUCCCCAAACUUCGACCCAAACACGCCGGCCUCUACCGAUGCACCGCCUACAACGCAUACGGCCAGGAUGAGAUGCAAGUCAGACUCAACGUCAAAGAGCCACCGCGUCCGCCGGAGUUUGUGGACAUACGCGAGUUGGGAGCGCGAUGGAUGAUCCUCUCGUGGAGAGCGGAGGAGAGGGGACCGGACGCGACGUCAGGAGGCUCCGUCGGGAGAUACGUCAUCCAGUUCUGUCGCGCCGACUUGGAGGAGCAAUGGAACAACAUGACCGUCGCCGAAGGCGAGACGUCGGCGAGGAUAGCGCCGCUGGCGCCGGCCACCACGUACACCGUCAGACUGUUCGCCGUCAACGACGUCGGCGUCGGACCGCCCAGCGUCAGUUUGACGGCCACCACACUUCAUGAAGCGCCUAGCAGUGCUCCCACAGGGGUGAUCGCGGAGAGUAUCGAUUCGACAAGCAUUCUCGUGAAAUGGAAGCCGGCUGCAGAGGACUUAGCGCAUAAUAAUAUAGCCGGUUACCUGAUAGAGUACGGAGACACGAAGGACGACUGGGCUCAAACGCGCACCGUCCGAGGACGGAAAAGAUUCGAGUACAUCUUGCAUCAACUGAAAGAAUUCACAUCCUACAAAAUCACCGUCAAAGCAUUCAACUCCGUCGGCCAAGGCCCGGCCUCAGCGCCUACCAUCUCGACGACCCUCGAAGGAGUGCCCCAUCUUCCGCCAAAAAACGUUCGAUGUGCAUCAGUUUCCUCUCAGAUAUUACGAAUACGUUGGGAACCUCCUCCAUCGGACAACUGUAACGGCAUAAUUCAAGGAUACAAAGUAACAUACAGACAGGCUGACCCAAAGCCAGGGUCACCAGUUGAUUUGGACCUGAAGAAAACCACAAAUUUAGAGACAAGUUUGCAUUCUUUGGCUAAAGCAAGAAACUACAGUGUGCGAGUAUUAGCUUACACAAUGGCUGGAGAGGGCGUACAGUCUACACCAAUAUUCUGCGCCACGGAGGAAGAUGUUCCAGGUGCACCAUCCCUGGUUAAGGCUUUGCUGAUGACCUCAGAAAGUAUUUUAAUUACGUGGAAUCGCCCAAGUGAAUCGAAUGGAAACAUUGUGAAAUACAACGUAUACAUACAGCAUGGAAAGUCGAAUGUCAAGAAAGAAUCAGUUUUUGGCGAUAAAAUUCUGAUGUAUGAAGUUCGACGCUUGAAGGAAUUUCAGCAUUAUGAAUUUUGGGUGUCAGCGUCGACAAACGCUGGCGAAGGACCAUUCAGUCACAGAGUUACGCAGACACCUAUCUCGAGAGUUCCAGCAAGGAUUGCUAUGUUUCCGAGUAAAGUGUACGGGAGUGUGGGUUCCCGGGUGGUUCUCCAAUGCUUUGCUGUUGGUCUUCCAGCCCCCUCGCGCUCUUGGUUGGAUCCAAGUGGUACUGUCAUCGCUCCGGAUGGCCCUAGAAGAAGGAUUCUGAUGGACUGGAGUUUAUCACUAGGACCUCUGAGUCUUGAUUUGGCGGGAAACUACUCGUGUCACGCUGAUAACGUUUAUGGUCAAGAUAUCCUAGUGUAUGAGCUUUUCGUUCUACAACCACCGAGCACGCCUACUUUAUCGGCGACUUCUGUGACCGCAAGCGGCAUUACGCUUCAGUGGAUGACGCCCACUAAUGGAGGAAGUCCUCUGAUUGGUUAUAUUCUUAAGUACAGGGAUAAUAAAGAUAACUGGAAACUGGUGGAAAUUGACGCCGAUAAGCAGUCGAUCACCCUGUACAAACUACGGUGCGGAACCCUGUACACGCUGUUCUUGUUCGCCGUGAACGCAGUCGGGAAAAGUGAUCCUAGUCCAAGCUUGACGGCCUCGACAAAAGGCGAAGCUCCAAAGAAGCCACCAGUGGAGGAUCUGAUCCUGACGAAUUCCACUUCGGCGACUUUGUUCCUGGACGUGUGGCCCUCGAGCAGCUGCCCGUUCAAGCAGUUCACGGUCGACUACCGGCAGUUGGCCGACUCCGAGUGGACGAGUCUCGGCACGGUCAACUCCUUCAUCACCAUCCCCGAUCUGGAACCGGCCACCUACUACACCACCAGGAUAUCCGCCCACAGCGAGGCCGGCAUCUCCACUUACGAAUAUGUUUUUGCCACCAGAUCCAAAACAGGAGAAUUGAUUCCAUUGGAGUUGAUACCGGAGCGAUCGGACUUGAAUUUUGCUCAAUUUUAUACGUUACCAAUUUUACUAGGUGCCUUAAUUGUUCUUUGCCUCUCUUCGUGUGCCUGCUUUAUAGCUAAAAGAAGGAGCAGGACGCGGUACAAAUCAGAGGAGACUGAUCAAGUGAAAAGCUUGGCGGAGCUUGAGAAUGAACGAAAUAACGAUCAUCAAAGACUGACUUACUCACCCUCGCCCGUCCGCAAGAGGGACUCGUCACUCAGCGCCCAUAAAGGGAGCGAUACCUCAGCAGCUGUAGAUUACGAAAUCUGCCCUUACGCAACAUUUAGUCUUCCAUCGUACACUGUGGGCCCAUCGUUGCAAUUCCAGACGUUCAAUCAGCGGGAAUGUUACGCUGGGGCUCCGCCUUCCAUGACCCGGCACAGAGCUCAUUCUUCAAAUAGUCCUCCAGAUGGCUUAAGCCUAGAAAUAGCUUGCAUUUCAAAUCAACAAACACUGCCAAUUUCGCGGAAAACCCACGAACACCAUACCGCGGCCAGCUCAGCUUUUAUGACUGACUCGGACAGCAGCUACGGAGGAGGCAAAAUCCACGCCAAACACGAACUGCCAGCCAGAAAUCAGCUCAGCACGAAUUCCACGGUAUUUGAACUAGGGUCGAGCACGGAGUCAGCAGAGGUGUCACCUGAAGUUAUAAGAAAAACCUACGUCAAGAAAGGAAUAAUGAAAACUCGGUAACACUCAUCGAGUGGAAAAGCGGGCGAUGACAGCUGCGUUAUCCAUGUGUAAUUUUCCGUUGUUUUUAUACUUGAUAUAUAAUUUAUUUGCUAUUCCACGUUAUGUUUCUUAAUUUUAUAAAAUAUAAAGAUUUUUUACAACAAA